AUGUUGGAAUAUUAAGUUUGAAGUUAAAUGUUUUUCAUAAUAAUCUAACACCCUGCAAUCAUGGUAAAAUUUAAUUGCUUGAUUAGGUAAUCUAAUAGAAGUUAAGUGGUGUCCUGCUGCAAGAGCCUUUUUAUUUUCUAUAAGUUUUCUAGAAAUCAUUAUUUUCUGAAUUGCUAGUCUAAUAAUAUUUUUCUUGACUAAUAUUAUAUUCUAACAUACAACAAAAGUCUGCUUUGAUGUUAAGACUAAUAAUAUGAUUCAUGGAAUCAUUAAAAAAUGUUAUUAAUCUUCAAAACAUACAGAAUGUCAAUCGUAAUUGAAGUCUUUCUUUUGCGAUUGUCUUCAUUUAUUGUGGAGGUAUUUUUUACAAUUUUUUCUUUAUGAUAUAAAUAAUGUUGUCUCCUGGAAUUUGUGGUUGGUCCACCUCAAAUAGGCGAUUUUUACAGAAAAUUGAAGAGUUAUGUCAAAAUUUGUAUACAGUACCCAUUUAAAAAGAUGUGUAUAUUUCAAAAUUGGUAGAAUCUACAUACUUAGAAUGGAAAAAAAUAGAAAAUAAAAAAUAAAUAAAAAUACUCAUUGCACUUCAUGACCUCUUAUUAAUUUAUACAUUAGAUAUCAAAUACAUUAUAAUUUAUGCAGAUUUUCUUGUAUAAUCAUGUUCAAUUCCUGAUUAAAUAAUCAAAAGUCACAAAUACACUGGUAUUAUUUUUUAAAAGUUUUGUAUGUCAGAAAUUUUGUCAGGUCUAGUAUUCUAUUUACAGAACCCAUCAAUCAAUGUAACGAGUACCACAUUUUUUGCCACUGUUUGACCAAUAUGAAGAGAUAUGUAAUAAAUAUGAUUAAAUAAAGCCAUUAAAAACUCUUACCAAACCUUUCUAGUAAUUGAAAAGCUUAAAAAUUUUCAUGACUUGUUUUACUCUUUUUCUUAUCCAUUAUUUUUUAGAUUAUUUAUUCAAAUUUAUUUUAUAAAAACCAUGAUUAAAAUCCCCUUAAAUGUAUUUUAUAAAAACCAUUUAUGAUAAGUGGAUCAUGUUCUUUUUCUUUUAAUUAACUCCCAUAAUUUGAGAACUCUUGUAGAAUUUUAAAAAAUUAUACUCAUGAUUUGUAUGAUCAUUUACUUUAUGAGCAUAAUUUGAAAAAUUCUUCAAAGGGAAUUUUUACACAAAUACAGCAGAAGAUAGUAUAAAUUUAUUUAUGUUUAUAUCUUAUUUGUAGUAAAGAUGUAAUAUUUAUUUUAUGAAGUUUAAUAUUAAUUUUAGUUAUAUAUAUAUAUAUAUAUAUAUAUGUGUGUGUGUGUGUGUGUGUGUGUAUAUUAACCCACUACAUAGCCUCUAGUGCAAUUCUAUCAAUCGAAAUUCUAUGCAAUACAUACUCGCCAUUGAGAACAUGUCCUGGAAUUAUGUGAAAAUUCCACAUUAAAAUUCCCAGCACAUUGAUGGUUCAAAUCAUGCAACAUGUUUACUCAGCCAUUGUUGCCCCAAGACUCCUCAUGGCAAGUGACUUGUCUAUUGAUUCAGGCAAACAACUUUGGAUGUCCUCUUGUUGGAUAUAUAUAUAUAUAUAUAUAUAUGUUUAUUGCACAAGAUUGUGAUAAAUAUAAUUGCACCAGAAGUCUUGUGUCAACAGGAAUAAUUUAAAAAGGGAGAUCCUAUUUCUUAUUUCUCAAAUUUCGUUUUUGAUUGAUCAAUCAAUGCAAAUUAUUAUUCUCUUAUGAACUUUCUGUUGUAAAAGUUGCAAAAGGAAAAACUGGAAUUGUGGAUUAGAUCAAAUAUCAUCCACCUUCAAAAGACACUAUUGAAUAAUCCAAUUCUUCUCAUUAAUAAAUAGGUAAAGACAUAAUCACAACUUCUGAUUAAGUAAUGAAAACAUGGUUAUUCACCUAUAUCUUGAAUUUACAUUUUUAUUUUUAAUGAAAAAAUCAAUAGAUUUUAUGAAAUUCUUUUAUAAAUUCACAGCAUGCCACAAUACCAUAAUUUUGAAGAAGUGUAUUUCGUUAUUUUUUGGCUUCUGUUACCAUUGUUAUAUUAUUUAAAAAAAUUAUGAAUACAUUCUUAGAUCACAUAUUUCUAUUGUCAUGAUACAAAAAAAGGAACAAUCAAAUGAAAACAAUAUAAAAUGCAAUAUUAUUUGAGAAAAGAAUGUAACCAAUUUUUUAAAAAAUAAAAAAUGAAGUGUGCAAAUAACCACACUUGCAGUUUAGAAAGCAAUAAUACAAUUGAACAAGACAAAAUAGAAAGAGAAAAUGCAUCAAAGAAACUUAAAAAAGCCAUGAUUUUUUGCAUAUUUUUUAUGUGUGUUGAAGUUGUGGGUGGUAUGUAUGCAAAUAGCUUAGCCAUUCUAACGGACGCAGCUCAUCUACUUAGUGAUAUUGCCGGCUUUGCCAUCUCCCUUUUUGCAAUAUGGGCCUCAAGUUGGGAAUCCACAGCCAUUCAAUCAUAUGGGUUCUUCCGGUUGGAGAUAUUAGGUGCUCUUGUAUCGAUCCAAUUCAUUUGGCUCGUCACCGGAAUGCUUCUCUAUGAAGCCUUUGAAAGGCUAUAUGACUCCAACAAAGACAUAGUCAAUGGAACAGUGAUGUUUGGUAUUGCAAUACUUGGCCUCUUUGUAAAUAUUGCUAUGAUUGUUUUGCUCGGUCAUGAAAACUAUAGCUUCAAUAUUGGUAACCACGAGCACCAUCACAACCACGGGCAUGAUUCCCAUGAGAAUGGAAGCUCUAAUAGUUACAAAAAUCAUAAACAUGACAAUUUUGAUGAAAGCUUUGAUCUUCAUGGUGACAAGGAUCAUGAACAUGAUACUUCACAUAAGAAUGUCAACCCUAAUUGUUUUAAGAACCAUGGGUGUAAUGAAUUUGGUGAGAAUGUCAACUUGGAUAGUUACAAAAGUUGCAAACAUUCUAGUCAUGGGAUUGAUGGUGGCCAAAGUAAAUAUGAAGAGAUGAGCUUUAAUAAAUAUGGUAAACAUGCCCGGCAUGCUCUUGCUUGCAACGGACAUUCAUCCAGCAACAUCAUCAAAAACACAUGAAGAAAAUAACUUUAAUGAUGAAAAACACGAUGUUAGCAUGUUAAGCAAGACAACAGCUACAGUUCAACAUGGACACAAUAACCUCAAUUUGCAAGGUGCUUAUCUUCAUGUGCUUGGAGAUG